GACGGGACGCGAGGCAGCCAUGUUUGUUAAGGGAAAGGGAACCCAGGGAAGCUGAGAACUUUUCUUCACAUCUUAAGGUGCUCGACACCGGAAGCGGGUCCUGAAUUAUGGCGGCUUUUGCGCCGACCCCGCAAGCGACUAGUUUUCCAGCUGAGGGUAGAUGCGGUUAUUAUGUGGAAAAGAAGAAGCGGUUCUGCAGAAUGGUGGUGGCAGCAGGGAAACGGUUCUGUGGUGAACACGCUGGAGCCGCGGAGGAAGAAAAUGCUCGAAAAAGAAUCCUGUGUCCUUUAGAUCCAAAACAUACAGUAUAUGAAGAUCAACUAGCAAAGCAUUUGAAAAAAUGUAACUCAAGAGAGAAGCCAAAACCCGACUUCUUUAUUCAAGAUAUUAAUGCGGGCUUAAAGGAUGAAACAGAAAUACCUGAGCAAUUAGUGCCAAUUUCUUUUCUAUCUGAAGAACAGUUGGAAAACUUAAUUAAGAAAUUGAGAAAAGCAAGUGUAGGUUUGAACUCCACCCUUAAAGAUCAAAUUAUGUCCCAUCCAGUAUUGCAUGAUGCCCUUAAUGACCCUAAAAAUGGUGAUUCUGCUACCAAGCACCUGAAACAGCAGGCUUCUAUUUUAGGUAACAUUGAAAAAUUAAAGUUACUUGGUCCAAGAAGAUGCUUUGUUGAGUUUGGAGCAGGAAAGGGAAAAUUAUCUCACUGGGUUGAUAUUGCCUUAAAAGAUGCUGAAAAAGUGCACUUCAUCCUAGUAGAAAAGGUUACCACAAGAUUUAAGGUAGAUGGUAAACACAGAAAGAAAAAUUCAGUAUUUGAAAGACUUCAAAUUGAUAUUCAACACUUGUGUUUGAACAAGGUUCCUUUGCUAAUAGAAGAAAAACUACCUGUGGUAGGAAUUGGAAAGCAUCUGUGUGGUGUGGCAACAGAUCUUGCAUUACGAUGUUUGCUUGAAACCUAUGCUGCCAGUUGUGAGGAAAGGAAUGAAGAACCUUUAGCCAAACGCAUAAAGAAUGAUAAAACAGAAACAGAAAUUAACACUUUGGCCAAGGAAGGAAGUGAAAAAAAUGUCCCAGAGAAGUGGACCCCUGUGGCUGGCAUUGUUAUUGCACUCUGUUGUCACCACAGGUGUGAUUGGAGACAUUAUGUGGGCAAAGAAUAUUUCAGGGCUCUAGGCCUUGGAGCAGUGGAAUUCCACUAUUUCCAGCGAAUGAGUAGUUGGGCCACUUGUGGGAUGCGGAAAACAUCUUUGGAAGCCUCAAAUAUUACCACAAAGAAAAAAGAUAAUCAGAAUGAUGAGCAUGAAGUGCAUGAUGACGACGGAUACAGAAUCGCAGAUGAUAGUGCUGAUAGUUUACCUGGGUUUCUUACUAUUGGAGAAAAGAAGAAAAUAGGACAUCUUUGUAAAUUACUGAUUGACCAAGGCCGGGUACAGUAUUUACAGCAGAAGGGAUUCAGUCCUGCUUUACAGUACUAUACAGACCCUCUGGUGUCUUUGGAAAAUGUACUGUUAACAGCUCUACCAAGUCAUUCUUCAUCACCAGAAGCAGUUGCUUAGGAAAAGAAAUUUUGAACGUCUGUCUUCUGCCAAGAAAAUAACAUUUUGAAUUGUAUUUUUUUAUAUUCAUGAAAAUAUAAUUUAAAUAACAUGAACUUUAAAAAA